AUGACGGAACAUAACACUGACAAGAUGGUGGAUAUCAUCAGCGACGAGGUCCAGUUCUACAUCGAUGUUUAUCUGACAUCUGUUUUCUGCACGCUGGUUGGUUGUUUCGGGAUGGUUGCAAGCGUCAUCAAUUUCUGUGUAUUGACCCAACAAGGUGUGCGAGACUGCAUGUCCCUGUGCCUGCUGUCUUUGACAUUUUCCGACUUUUUCGUCGGUGCUUUCAUGUUUGCCAUCAGCUUGUGCUACUCAUUCCAUCUAUUACAUCAGGAUUUUUACAUCGAUCCUCUGGCUGUCAACAGCAUCCUGAGCUGGGCUUGGGGGCUGCUGUUCGACAUUUCAAUGCUUACAACAGCUUUCAUUUCCGUUGAAAGGUGCCUCAGCGUUCUCUACCCUUUCAAAUUUAAAGACAUGGCAACUUUCAAGCGCUCAUUUUUUGUUUUGUUUUUGAUAUACAGUGUUACUGUUUGCGGUUAUUUGGCGCUGUUUUUGACUCAAGGACUUUCAGAACAAACUGAUCCGGGAACUAAUUCGACUAAGAUAAAAUUAUGGGUGUCUAGCGACCGCGCAAUGGUUGAAACAUACACGAAUAUUUCAGUGCAUGUUGUUUACGGGACUUUUUGCGAGAUUACUGUUACUGCUAGCACAUACGGUAUGAUUAUCGGAUUACGUCGAUCAGACGAGUUCAGAUCAAAAUCCGCAAAUUCUGAUUCUUCCAGUGUUGAUGUUUUCAGUAAAAGAAACAAGAAAAUCGUCAAGAUGGUUACAGUUCUUGCCGCCAUUUUUGUCGUCUGCAACGUUGCCAGGCUGUCAUUAAACUAUGCCCGUUUGGCUUUGCCAGAACUGAUGUUGGCCAAACAGAUGCAUAAUAGUUUUAACACUUUUCUCAGGGUCAUGUUUCUUUGCGACACCAUCGGAGCAUCCUCUAACAUCUUCGUCUACUACAUCUACAAACCAAGCUUCAAAAGAAUAUUGUUAUCAAUUUUCUGCAGAGUAGAAUUCGGAAAAAGCCUCAAAGAAUGA